CCGACCCGGUUCGCCUCGUCGCAUUGAAAACUAUCUAACCAUCCACUUUGCUCGAGACACCUUCAACAAUUUCCCAUUCAUUCACCAUGCCGACCCCGGAGUCGCCGAUGUUCCUGGCUCAGAAGCCAAAGGUGCCCCCCACCUUCGACGGCGUUGACUACGACGACAACAAGGCGUUCAAGCAGGCACAAGACGCUAUCAUCAGGGAACAAUGGGUUGGCGCCAUGAUGGUUCGUCUUGUGGGCGAGGAGCUGGGCAAGUGCUACUCGCGUGAGGGCGUGAAUCACCUGGAGAACUGCGGUCAUCUGAGAGAAAAAUACCUUCAGCUACUCAAGGAGAAUAAGGUCACCGGCACUUUGUUCCAACAGACGAACUACAUCUCGAAAAAGGAGUAGAAGGACUAGCAGCAACGACGCUUAGGCGGCUACGUGAGCCAAGACGACAGGCGGUCGGCUACAACAUCAUGGGCUCGUUAAGUCGGAAACGAAUCUCCCAUCUUGGAUCAAGGCAUAGAGUCGGCACUGUUCAUCAUCCGGGCCGCUUGUGCCCAACAAUGUAGACAAAUGUGUCUCCCAUUGCUGGGGGCAUGAGCCGGAGAUGAGCCCUGUUCCAAUAUGUACAUAUACCACCAUGAAUCAAUCGAGUUAUGCGCUUAUAAGGCACAAUCAUCUACCAAAUAUAGACUCAGGUGGCCUUGAACAUCGGCCCAAGAUGCAUGAAAACGCGAAUGAUGUGUAACUAGAAGCAGUC